AUGGCAUUCACUGCAUCCAUUACGGGCAUCGACAACCAAAGGAUCCUCGAAGUGGCCGCUACCUGCCGCGCAGAUGGAUCCAUACCGUCAUUCACUGCUGAAGCGGGCCCUCUCCCCUACAUCGGAAAUCACUACACCAUCUACCCAGUGCAGUAUCCCGACGGGACCAGGGUUGCAGUCCGGGUGCCGAUCGACAUCUACUCGCGAGACACAUUGCAAACUAUGCUCGCCCUGAUGAAAGCGGAAGCCAACACUCUGAACCUUCUUGCCAGAUGCAAAUUUGCCUGGUCGCCGCGCGUGCUUUACUACACGACCACGUUUGACAACCCCUUGGGCCGGCCGUAUAUGGUUUGCACCUGGAUCGAUGGAAAGCAACUGGAAUGGAGCGAGACCUUCCCUGCCGAGAGUGAAAAUCGUCAAAAGAUCCUGGCGCAAGUUGCGAGGAUCAUGUUCGAUCUGGUGGUCUGCACGCAGAAAAGUGGUCAACGAACGACGGCCGAAUCCUUCAUGAUGUUCUUUAUUGAUUACAAGAUGAUCGGCGCGAUCAGAGGGCAACUAGAUGGGAUUGACCCGCUGUCAUGCCUGGUGCUGCGUUUGCUUGCGCGCAGAGUGACAGAGGGGAAGUGCAGCAGUUCGACCUUCGCUCAUUCGCACGAAUAUCUGACCAGUCAGAAUAUUAUCGUUGACAACAACUACAACGUCAAAGGUUUUGUCGACUGGGGCUUCGCCCGCACUCUCCCCAUCCGCUUUACCUUACGCUUCCCUCGCUUUCUCUCCAUCCGAGCCAAAAGCUUCCCUCCAGACAUGCCUCGAGAUCUCUGCGGGUACAGCAAAGCCUUCCUGCAAGUGUCACCGGCCCACAAAGCCGACAGAGAGUUCUUCAUCUCCCGUAUUCAAUACGAAUUCGCCACUCGAGCGACCAAGGCUUCCAUCGGUCAGCUCUCACCACUGGGAUGGGAAAUGAUGUGCUGGGACCUGCAGGAUGUGGAUUGGAAGCACUUGGUAUACGAUGCGGCCACCGGCAUGGCGACUCACCUAUGGAUGUCGAAGAGACAGUUUCUGGUCGCUGGUAUGUCGGCAUGCAAGACUGGUUCUGUGUCAGAGAUUGUUACGGCAGAUGCUCUGUAUCAAGAAAUCUGGGCUUUCUUCACGCGAAAUCAGAGUAAGACGACGCAUUCGGAUACUCAACAGAGGACUGUCUUCUUGCUGCAAUCCGCUAUUGCAGAGCGUUUGCCCUGGACUCUCAUCAAGAUGAUGUUGGAGAACGCAUUUAGUGUGGAUCAGAGAUUAACCGGUGGUGAGAGCUCUUCGGUACCUUAG